AUGGCCAUGAGCAAGACCCCAGCAGCAUCUACACGCAGCAGCUCUCGCACCGUGAAAGAGCGACAACUGGCGCUGAUUGACGAUCCGAGACAAGAUCUGAAGUCUGUAGAUGCACACGAGCUUCAGGUAGACGACGAUUGGGAGGAACGGCUGAAUUUGCAGGUCAAGAUCAUGAACGUCGUUUGUACCGUCGAUUUGAAGACGCCACUUGAUCUCAAAGUUAUUGCGCUGCAUGCGCGCAAUGCCGAGUAUAACCCCAAGCGUUUUUCAGCGGUGAUUAUGAGACUGCGAGACCCAAAGACGACAGCACUGAUUUUCGGAUCCGGAAAAGUUGUUAUUACUGGCGGAACGAGUGAAGGGAGCUGUAGACUAGCUGCGCGCAAGUUCACGCGUGUAAUACAGAAAUUGAGCUUCCCGGCCAAGUUUACCGAAUUCAAAGUCCGGAAUGUCAUGGGUACGUGCGAUGUUCGCUUCCCGAUUCGGCUGGAAGGACUACUGAACGACCAUGCGCGCUUUUCCAGUUACGAGCCUGAGCUAUUCCCUGGACUUAUCUACAAACUCGUGGAGCCCAAGUUGACGCUACUCAUCUUUGUGUCUGGCAAGAUCGUGCUCUGCGGUGCACGCGACUCGAAUCACCUUCACCAAGCCAUCGAUAAGAUGUACCCCGUGCUGCUGCAGUAUCGCAAGAUGACCGCACCACCGUCGUUAAUGACAGGGAAACGAGGUUACGAGGAUACCGAUGACCUUGACCGUCUUGAAGCAGGGCAGGCCAAUGUCUGA